AUGGCGACUAAGACCAUCCAUGGGAACUCGCAAUUCCAGAAGCCCUCCUCUCUACGCUGGACGUGGGAGUCACCCGGUGGAGGGUAUCGUAAUGAAAUAGACCACAUCAUCGUCAAUAAAAGGUUCUGCCUGACGGACGUCGGUGUUGUACCAAAGUUCUAUACGGGAUCGGACCAUCGCCUCCUCCGAGGAAAAUUUUCCUUCCCAAGGAGAGCAGAGAAAGCCGCCAAGUUCAGAGAGAGAAAUCCCAGGACUACCAUCAACUGGGAUCUCUUCGCUACGCUAGCCGGCUUUUGGGAAGACUCGGCAAUGGACAACAUCGACGAAGAAUAUGAUCGGCUUGUUGAACACCUUCACGACUGCGCGAAGAAGGCUGAGUUUUAA